CUAAUAAAUUUUGGUUUUCUUGAAUAUACAUUUCUUUAUGAAUUUUGAAAUUUUUGUAUGGAAGCUAUAUAUGACGUGUUGAUUUUAAGCUUUGUAAAUCCCUCCCUCUAUUAGUUGCCCACAAGAAGAGUUGUUUGGUUUUGAUUGAGAAUUUUGUAUAGGUAGUUACAAAAAAAGGUAUACCUACACCAACAUGUUUUCUUUUGGCUUAAUAAACUGUUCAAAAAACUUCUUAUGUUACAUUACAUGUCUGUUAUGAACUGACCUUAAAUUAGCAGGUAUCAAUUAUUCAAGUUGACAUUUAAAAUUUCUACAAGCAAAACAUCAUUAAGUUCAUCAGAAAACUAUGUCCAAGGCAAACGUGCCAGACUCUUGGAAAACAGAGAAGUUUAGGAAAAGUGUUGUCGAUAAAAUCAAUGAAGAGCUGCAAAAGUACAACCUAAAACGUUCAGAUCAUGGAAAUCAUAUUGAAGAGGCUUUUUUUUCUAAAACAUAUACCAAAACUCAAUAUUUGGGAUAUGUAGCUAAAAUUCUUAUAAGUAUAAGAAAUAUGGUUUGUAUUCAAGAUGCCUGGCUAGAAAAUCAAGUAAAAGAAAUAUUAAGUAGACCACCGCCAAAACUGCGCAAAAUAUUGACGCCAGAAGAAAUGGCAAAGCAUAAUAUGGAAUUGAUGCGCUUGAGAACCAAAAUUGAGGAAAAUUUCAAGCUGAGACCAAAAAAAUCCUAAUUGAAUUUUUCUUAGCAGUAAAUUGCUUGUUGAAUAUAGUGAUUAACAUACCAAAUCAAUGUGAGGAAUGGAAAAAUAAAUUCUAAAUUUUUA